AGUGGCUGCUCUGCUGGUAUAGGCAGGCAGGCAGCCAGCCGAACGCUGUGAUUCGCCCGGGGCGGCCAAUGGUGGCGCGCCGGCCAGUGAUUGGCCUGCCGGCGGCCACUACGCUGACGCAGAGGCCACCCGCUUCCCUCGAAAAGGACUCCCACAGCUGACGCAUUGGCUACGGCAAAUCGACAUCCACCACCACGACGACAAAUCGGUGGUGGUGUUGGUAGCCAGCGGCGGCAGACCAGUAAACGGUUCAACAAGGGAAAUUGGCCGAACGGCCUGUCAGCAGCCUGCAGUACGCACAGCGAUGUAUAACGGCAUUGAAUAAACCUCACUGUGGCUCCUUCCUUGGCUAACGUUGGUGUUCGAAUCAUACAACUAACUAAUGAAUGGUGCCGAUAAUGCUCAUAGUUCGGGGAUAGCCUAACAGUAGCUACUGCUCGAACGCAUUGUCAGUCCAAUGUUAAGCCUUGUAUACCUGUAGAGUAUGAACGAACUAUAGCGCAGAGCUACACAAAACACAACAACCUUGUGCACUAUUAUUCAGUGUGGCUGUAGACGGCUCUACAAGCGCGGUUCUAACCAACAAGCAGUUAUAUAUACAAGGGCAACAGCGGUACCACUAUAGCACGCUGCGUGAUUCGACACUCUUGGGUGGUGUUUUGUUGAAUUUUGUGUAUCGGUGUGUACGCCGAUUAUUUCUCCAUACCUACAAUCGGCCUAUAGUAGCAGCAGUAAACAGCAGUUUGCGAACCUUUGUGCACAUAAACGAAAAAACGACUACGUAUAGCUUUUGGUAGAAUAUACAAUAAUAAACUUGCAGACCUUUUCAUGGAGUGUAAAAGUAUAACCGAAAUAGUGUACACAAGUCAUUUUUUGAAUCAUUGCUUUCCAGCGCUGAUAUUACUAAAAUAUAGUAAAUCAUCUUCACAAAUGCGAAUGAUGACAGCAAGUUAUUGGCAACGCCCUUUUUUCUAGUGAGAAAGGUCAUUCGCUCUUAAAAUUUUUAGAAAAUUUUGGGUAAAAACGAAGGUAGGAGGCGCUUGAGAGGUGGUCUGCGUGAGUUCAGGGUGAACAAACCGAACUGAAGCGGAUCGAAGAUCUAAGUAUAGACAUCUCUUGGGACAUCGAGAGUGAUACGGAAAUCUUUGGAUGACGAACAACAUUUACUUGGGACAUCAUUCCGCAUUAAAAUCCCUAUGUUAUAUCGUUCCAACAGCGACAUAACUCGCUCAUCCCUCUUUUGAAUAAAAUACUGUGUCAGCCAAUUCCGUGUUUUAGUUAAAUUGUGUAUGCAAAGCGGCCAAAUACGCAUUUGUUGUAAUCAAAAAAAAACAAUCAGUACAGCAGUUUCAGUGUUUUGCUAUCGCAGCUUAGCAAAAAAAGGAAACGUCGAAAUCGCGGCGAUUCGCGUUCAUUAUAUGUGACGGCGCGUCUUCUCGUAAGUUAACAACGAAGUUGGACAACACAGCGGUGCAGGAAGGUGCAACUCGCGGCAAUGUCAGAACGUUACUUCAAAAAUCCGUAUGAGGAUUAUGAAGAGUAUAUUGAAAAGCACCGCGCAUUUUAUUUAGACAAAUUUAUUCCGGAAAUAGAAUGUACAGUGUAUAAGUUACUCAAGGUACUUGAGUUAGAGGUUCCGAUCAAGACAGAUUCGCGUGACUAUUCUGUGUACACUGGCUCAACUGGCAUCGCACUGUUGUAUAUGAAACUGGCUGAUGCACAACCGGAAAAGAGGGACCAACUAUUGGAGAAGGCUCGUGAGAUAUUGGUGACCCAACGACUAGCCAAGAAACGACAUGAUUUUACAUUUCUGUGCGGAGAUGUGGGACCCAUUGCUACUCGCGCAGUACUUCACCAUCGAAUGGGAUACUCGAAAGAGGUCAAAGCUGACAUCGACCUUCUGCACAAAUUUGCCACAGGUUGUCUGUCAUUGGAAACUGGUGAACCAGAUGAACUCCUCUAUGGACGUGUCGGGUAUUUGUAUUCGCUCUUAUUCAUCGAAACUCAUAUUGCUGCUCAUUCAAUAGAUGCCAAGCUUAUAAAAAGCGUAGUGCAAGCUGUCAUUGAGUCUGGGGAGGUAAUGGCCUCACAGAUGAAAAUACCUACUCCGCUUAUGUACAAAUGGCAUGACAGCUACUAUCUGGGUGCAGCUCAUGGUCUAGCUGGUAUCACGUAUAUGCUAUUGGAGGCUAAACAAUAUUUGUCUGCCGAAGAAAUGUCGAAAGUCAAAGCAACGAUUGACUAUCUUAUAACGAUUCGUUAUUCAUCCGGAAAUUAUCCUUCAUCACUUGGUUCAACGUCCGAUAGACUCGUCCACUGGUGUCAUGGAGCUGCAGGAUUCAUACACCUAUUUGCCAAGGCCUAUGAAAUAUUUGGAGAAGAACUGUAUCUAAAAGAGGCGAAGUCGUGUUCAGAAGUCAUCUGGAAGCGUGGGUUGCUCAAGAAGGGUUACGGGCUUUGUCAUGGGGUGGCCGGAAACGCAUAUGCAUUUUUGAGGGUGUACCGACUGACUAGUGAACAGAAAUACCUUUAUCAGGCAUGCCGGUUUGCCGAGUUCUGUUGUGCUUACGGGACCCAUGGCUGCCGGAUAGCUGAUCGACCAUAUUCGCUCUUUGAGGGCAUGGCAGGAACGAUUUUCUUCCUCGUGGACAUGCUUAGUCCAACACAGGCGCGGUUUCCAGCUUUUGAGCUGUAAACAUCUCUAUAAUGACGCAGUCAUUCUGUGUUAAACAUCUGUUACUAAUAAGUAACCGCGAUAGUUUUAGAGGAACCUCGUCGAAAGUAUGCCUGGCUGUUUUAUGCCGAGGAGAAAACUGCGUAUGUUCAACGUUACUUGAUUACGUGCACACGUGUUAGGUACGCAUUAUACAUAUGUAUUCUUCGAACCACCAUACCAAAUUGCGCCGGAAAAUGAUUCACAAAUUCUGAUUUCUACGGAUUGAUGUAACUUGUUGUAGUCGUCACUUAGAAACGCUAGAUAAUAAAUGGGCAUGCCUAAAGGAAAUUGAAAGGUGGAGAUUAAGUUUCUUUAGUCUUCAAACUCCAAGACCGAUUGGACAAAUGAAAUAGCCUGACCUUUAUAUGUACCGCUAAAUAGAAGAACAUAUUUUAUCAUAUGUUGGACUUCACCAAUCUAGUGGACCAGUUGUCUAUUUCAAUACUUGAUGGGACAAAAAGCUAUAUAAGUGUCAUAAAGUAUUAUAUGAUAAACACCUUGACAAAUAAACUGCAGUGGAGUUAUGAAAAUAAUAAGAUGACUGUUUUUGGUUGGUGAAUAAAAAUCUUGAAUACGUACUUAUGCUAACGAUAGUAAGCGUAAUAAUGCCAGUGUUAGUAACAGGUUAUCCAUGAAUUCCUAGCCAUAGAGGAAUUAUAGAUAGAGAAAACAAUGUGUUCACAAAAUAUUUCGUUGCAAUAAACAACUGAUAUUUUAACUAUUGA